GAAACUCAGACGCAGUCGUUUCAGUAGUCAACACCAAUUGCGAUUUUACAUUCAGCUGUAGUUCGACUCGAGCGGCUAUGGCCACAUAUCCUCCCUCCGCCACCGCCGGAGCCGCCGGUGCAACCUCGACGCCAUCGAAGAAACGACAGCUUUCCUUAUUUGAGCUGCCGUCUGACCUCUUCGACUCCUGCCGCCUCCUUCCUUCUCCAAACUCCCCUACUGUCGGUUUGCUCUCUCACCACCUCGGCGCCGCCGUCAUCUCCGGUCCCCUAAACCUAGCGGAGAGCGAUGAGGGAGAUCAUGGUAUUGCCACCAAAAACGAUGCUUCCCUCUCCCGGUGGACUUGCAACACUUGCAAGGCCGAGUUCGAGUCCCUCCAGGACCAGCGCUCCCAUUUCAAGUCCGACAUUCACCGGAUCAACGUAAAGCUGAGCAUUGCUGGAAAGGAGAUUGUGAAGGAGGAUGACUUUGAUGAGUUGACAUCCGAUGCUUUCCAAGACUAUGAUAUAUCAAGCAUAUCUGGGUCGGAAGAUGAAGCUGAUAAAGGAUCCUCCACGCACAGUGAUGCGUAUUGGAGAUCCGUUGAAGCUUUUAAGCAAAAGAUUUUUCUUCACCUUCAGGGUGGAGAGAGAGUCUCAAUCUGGAAGUCUUUGCUUCUCAAUGAGUCCGAAGAUGUUUCAUUUGACAACAAUACUACGACUGAAGUGAUCAAGAGACUGAAAGAUCUAACUCAUGAGCCGAGGGAUGGUACCCGUUUGAGAGUUGUGUUGCUUGCGAGUGGAGGACACUUCGCUGGGUGUGUCUUUGAUGGUAAUGCGGUUGUAGCUCACAAGACAUUCCACAGAUAUGUCGUGAGGGCGAAGGCGGGUAAGAAGCAGUCACUUAAUGAUGCAAGUGGUAGAUUUGCUCAUUCUGCAGGAGCUUCACUUCGCCGUUACAAUGAGCUUAAUUUAAAGAAGGAUAUUCAGGAUCUACUUGCCAGUUGGAAGCCUUAUUUUGAUGCUUGUAGUUGUGUUUUCAUCCAUGCACCGUCCAACAAUCGGCACCUUCUUUUUAGUGGGGACAAGCAGAGUUUUAGCCAUGCUAAUUGCUUCAUAAGGAACGUACCGGUGAAUGUUCGAAGGCCUACUUUCAAAGAAGCCAAACGAAUAUACAGCCAGUUAACUCAGCUCAACAACGAAGUAUAUGAAGAAGAGGAAAUUCCAUCAAUUGCCAAGGAUGACUUGCUGCCAAGCCCUGGCAAAGAUGAAUUAGUUGAUAAGCUGGAUUGCGACGAUACAAAUGACACUUCUUCAAGUGCCCAAAAGAUUGAAAAUAUGAUUUCGAGUGAAAGCGAUAAUAAUGGUCCCAUAGGGAUAUCGACUCCCCUACAUGAAGCUUCACGAUCAGGGAAUACUGCUCAAGUUCUGGAACUCCUAGAGCAGGGUCUUGAUCCUUGCGCUAAGGAUGAAAGAGGUCUGACACCUUACAUGCUGGCGAAUGAGAAAGAAGUGAGGAAUAUUUUUAGACGGUUUAUGGCCUCAAAUCUUGAGAGGUGGGAUUGGCAUGCUGCUAAGGUGCCCAGUGCAUUGACCAAGGAAAUGGAGGAGUCUCAAGCUGCUAAGCAGGCAGAGAAAGAUGCGAAAAGGAAAGCCAGAGCAAAAGAACUGAAGAAACUGCGUAAAGCAAAAGAAAAGAAAGCUCAGGCUCAGGCAGUGGCUUCUGAAACAGUUGCAACAUCUGUUGAAGGGACUUCUCUCUCAGUUAAGGGACAAUCUCAAUCUAGCAGUAUUACACGUCAGAUUUCCAAAGAGGAGAGUCUGAGGGCAGCGCAGGCCGCUGAGCGAGAAAAACGGGCGGCUGCUGCUGAGAGGAGAAUAGCUGCAGCCCUUAGCAGUGCUCAAGCCAAUGGAAAUGGAACCAGCAGUUCACAUCACAGAACAGUUUCCGCUGAUGGUACAAAUUGCUCCUUUUGUAGAGACUCCUUAGCUGGUAAAGUUCCAUUUCAUCGCUAUAACUACAAGUACUGCAGCACCACUUGUAUGCAUUUGCAUCAGGAAAUUCUUGAGCAUGAAUAGUUAUUUUAGUUUUUUUCCUCAAUUUACAGUAUCUUUAUAAAUUUUGAAAGAAAUUACACAGGUUUCUCUUUAAAAAUUUAGUCAUCAUUGGAUAUGUUGCUCGUGCCAGAUACAAGGAUACACUAUCCAAUUCACGGAGGGGUUAUAAUUGUUAAUAUGAUUCAAGCCCUUUUUAUCUAUUUAUUUAUUAAUGGAGUGAGAUUCUUCGUACA